CACGGAGGAUCGCUCGCACAGUGGACCACUCCCGCUUCUCAAGAUCCGACAAAGCACCUCGCCCUGUCCAUCUGAAGCCUUUUAAAAACCUGCGCCGUCCUCUCUUUCCCACAGCUAUUCCCCGUCUCUCGAUCCACAGCCCGCCCACGAUGCCCAUCCCGAGCACCACCCGCGAGUAUCGUCUCCCCAAGGCGGAUGGCUUCCACAACCUGACACUCACCGAGGCUUCCAUCCAUCCGCCCAGGUCCACCGAGGUCCUCGUCAAAGUUCACGCUGUCUCCCUCCAGUUCCGCGACCUCGUCGUCGCGAAGGGCCAGUACGCCCUUGGCCAGAAGGACAAUGUCGUCCCGGGCUCAGACAUGGCCGGCGAGAUCCUCGCCGUCGGCGACGACGUCAAGGACUGGGCCGUCGGCGACAAGAUCUGCGCCAACUUCUCCGUCGACCACAUCUUUGGCGACGCCUCCCAGCAGACCAUCCUCAGCGGCCUCGGCGGACCCAUCGACGGCGUCCUCACCGAGUACAAGAUCCUGCCCGCGCACUCUCUCGUCAGGAUCCCGGACGGCUGGUCGUACAUCGAGGCCUCGACGCUCCCAUGCGCCGCAGUGACCGCGUACAACGCGCUCCUGGGCGCGAACCCGCUCAAGGGCGGCGACAUCGUCCUCGUCCUCGGCACCGGCGGCGUGUCCAUCUUCGGCCUCCAGAUCGCCGUCGCGAGCGGCGCGACGGUCAUCGCGACCUCGUCCUCCGACAACAAGCUCGCGGUCGCGAAGAAGCUCGGCGCGAAGCACGUCGUCAACUACAAGAAGACGCCGGACUGGGAGAAGGAGGUUCUGCGGAUUGUGAGUCGUACGCCGUGGCCGCUCGUGUGUUGACAUCAGGAAAAAGCUCUCCUGAGAAUUAUGGCGUAUUCUCGACAAUACAUAGAACCCACAUCAUACUCCGCUAUUCUGACAUUAUUCGCAGCAUCGUCCACUACUGUACACACCAUCUGUGCAUAUGUUCGUAAUGCAGGCAAUAUUAGCACAUGCCACUAAGUUCUCGCUACGAGCUAUAAAUACUCAUGUGGUGCGAGAAGCCAUGUAAUCGCCAGAAUUCG